AUGGCAAGCUCUUUCGAAAAAUCAGUCAAGGGCGCGACCAAAGUCAAGGCCGCCCCGCCAAAGACAAAGUACAUCGAGCACAUUCUGGUUGCAACACACGCCGGAGAGGCAGGCGUUGGAGAGGUGUUCAGAGCAUUGCAAUACAGGCUUCGUGACUCGACAUGGACCAUUGUCUUCAAGAGCUUGAUCACAGUCCACCUGAUGAUCCGGGAGGGUUCACCGGAUGUUACACUGGCGUACCUGGCUAAGCAUAGGAACAUGCUGGCCGUGAGCGUCUUCUCUGACGCACAAACCCAAGGCCGAAACAUCCGUCACUACUCAGCCUACCUCUCGGAACGAGCGCGUGCAUACAGGGAAACCAAGAUUGACUGGGUGCGAUAUAAGGAACCCCGCCUGGAGAAGCUCUCGGUGGAAAAAGGCUUGCUGCGCGAGACCGAGGUUGUGCAGCACCAGCUCACCGCUCUCCUCAAGUGCGAUGUCAUGGAGACUGAGCCCGAGAACGAGAUUACAAUUACCGUCUUUCGGCUGUUAGUGCUGGAUCUGUUGGCCCUCUUUCAGGUUCUGAACCAGGCCCUGAUCAACAUUCUCGGUCAUUUCUUCGAAUUGUCCAAGACGGAUGCGGAGAGGGCUAUGGAAAUUUACCGCACGUUUACGAGACAGACGGACUAUGUGGUGCAGUACCUGAGUGUUGCAAGGCAAUACGAGCACCACACAAGAGUAGAGGUUCCCAAGUUAAAGCACGCGCCAGUGAACCUCGGGCGUCAGCUCGAGGAGUACCUGAAGGACCCCGAUUUUGAGAUACAUCGGAGGCAGUACCUGGCGGAGCAGGAGGCGAAGAAAGCCAAGGGCGGAGUGUCUGGAGCUUCCAAGGCGGCAAAGUCUGAAUUCCUAAAACCUUCCUCUAACACAGACGCAAACGGAGCGCAGCCGCGACCACCCGCCAAACCAGAGCCUGCAAAGGGUCCGGAUGCCGAUCUCAUUGACUUCUUUGAGUCUAUCGAACAGAAUCAGACAACCAUGGCUGUUCAGCCGCAGCAGCAACCGCAGCAGCAAGCCCAACCCCAAAUACAGAUACAGAUGGAUAUGCCGUCAUGGGGUCCGGCUCCGUUUCAACCGCAGCCACUACCUCAGCUUCAAACCGGUUUUGUCUCUCAACCCACCGGCCUCACCUCCGGUCUAGCUUUCCCGCAGCAGACCCAGCCCGCGUUCUCUCCUACCCAGCAGACUCCUCAGCAGAUGCAGUCGGCUUUCACGGGAGCUGGCUAUGGAGGGUUCUCUCCCCAGCCGCAGCCCAGCUUCCAGGGCAGCCCUCUGUCUCCGAUACCCCAAGACGCCGUUGCCACGUUUCAAAACGCCACGACGCCUGCGUUGCAGGGCCUUCAGGUGCCGCAGCAGAGCACGAAUCCAUUCCGUCAAUCCAUGCUCAUGAACCAGCAGACAGGCACACCUUUCGCGCCGGCAGCUGCGCCUGCAAGUACCCAGCAGCGUCCCGCCACUAGCCAGUCCACCAACCCGUUUGCCCGCUCCUCCCCCCAGGCAGCCCAGCUGUUCGGUGUUCCGGCCUCAAACUCUCCGUUCCAAUCUCAACCGGCUCAACAGACCCCGUCACCGCCUGCGCCCAUGCAACCGCUGCAGACGGGCACCAAUCCGUUCGCCAAGAACUUUGGUGUCGCUCAGCCAGCCCAAUCGACUCAACAACAACGGCCAGUCACAGCGGGUGGCAUUGUCUCCCAGCCCACCGGCAGCACAAACCCGUUCCGGCAGGGUGCUUUUGUCAACCACAGUACCGGGAUGGGCUGGCAGCAUAACCAGCAGCCCAUAGGUGGAGGGCUGGACCAGCUCGAGGCGAUCCCUGUUUUCCCCCGGCCUGCGCAACAGACGCCUUGGCAGCAAUAG